AUGCGGAGACACAAGCGCCGGCGCCGGAGACCCAAGGAACCAAAGAUUGAGCGGUCCUCUUCGUUCAGCAGCAUCACCGACUCGACCAUGUCUGUGAACAUCAUCCCCGUCACCCUGAACAUGGAGAAGUAUCAUUUCCUGGGGAUCAGCAUCGUGGGGCAGAGCAAUGAUCGGGGGGACGGUGGAAUCUACAUCGGCUCUAUCAUGAAGGGGGGGGCCGUGGCAGCCGACGGGAGGAUCGAACCCGGGGACAUGCUGCUGCAGGUAAACGAUGUGAACUUUGAGAACAUGAGCAACGACGAUGCGGUGAGGAUCCUGAGAGAGAUCGUCUGCCAGCCCGGGGUCCUGAGAGAAAUCGUCUGCCAGCCCGGGCCGAUCAGUCUGACUGUGGCCAAAUGUUGGGACCCGUCCCCUCGGAGCUACUUUACCGUCCCCCGCGCGGAACCGGUUCGGCCCAUUGACCCAGCUGACUGGAUCUCCCACACCACGGCUCUGACUGGACCCUUCCCUCACUACGAGUUCGAUGACCUGCCCCUCAGCGUCCACAAGAGCGACAUGGCAACCAUCGUCAAGGUGAUGCAGCUCACAGACUCGGGCCUGGAGAUACGAGACAGGAUGUGGCUGAAAAUCACCAUCGGAAACGCUGUGAUCGGUGCUGACGUGGUGGACUGGCUCUUCUCGCGAGUGGACGGGUUUAAGGACCGACGGGACGCGCGGAAGUACGCGAGCAGCCUGCUGAAACACGGCUACCUGAGACACACUGUCAACAAGAUCACCUUCUCAGAGCAGUGCUACUACGUGUUCGGAGACAUCUGCACCAACAUGGCCUCUCUCAAUCUGAACGAGGGCUCCAGUGGGGGGGCCUCUGAGCAGGACACGCUGCCCCCCCUGCCCCCCCCUCCUGCCUCCUCCAACCCCUGGCCUCUGGGGGGGCAGCCCUACCCCUACCCCGGCUUCCCCCCUGGCUACUCGGACCCCUGCCACAGCUUCCACAGCGGCAGCACGGGCAGCCAGCACAGCGGAGGCAGUAGAAGCAGUGGCUCCAAUCAGAGCGGAGGGAAAGGGAGGCGGAGCAAAGAGACAGAGCGCAAGCUGACAGGCAGCGGUGGCAGUGAAUCAGAGCCGGGGUCUCGCAGCGGGAGGCGGAGCCAGCACAGCCACCGGAGCCACACCCCUUCCCAGCACAGUGCAGGGAGCCACGCCCCUUCCCAGCACAGCCACGCCUCCUACACACUCAGCAGCCAUAGGACAUACUCCCACCACAGCCACGCCCCCUCCCACCACAGUGAGCGCAGCCACGCCUCCUCCCACGGUCCCCCAGGCCUGCCCCCCCCCUACAGCCUGGCCAAGCUCUCACCCAAGCUUGUGCUGAGCAGCGGGCCCCCGGGGGCCCCCCCCGUGCGAGAGCUGGGCUCCGUCCCCCCCGAGCUCACCUCCAGUCGUCAGUCCUUCCAGAGAGCCAUGGGAAACCCCUGUGAGUUCUUCGUGGACAUCAUGUGAGACAACGGGCCUGAGAAAGAGAAGCAGAGCAGACAGGAUGAGAGCAGAACAGAACGUCCCGGGAGCUGUGUGGAUCUCUCCCAGGACAAUGAGACCUUUCACAAAGCAGACAGGAUGAGAGCAGAACAGAACGUCCCGGGAGCUGUGUGCAUCUCUCCCAGGACAAUGAGACCUUUCACAAAGCAGACAGGAUGAGAGCAGAACAGAACGUCCCGGGAGCUGUGUGGAUCUCUCCCAGGACAAUGAGACCUUUCACAAAGCAGACAGGAUGAGAGCAGAACAGAACGUCCCGGGAGCUGUGUGCAUCUCUCCCAGGACAAUGAGACCUUUCACAAAGCAGACAGGAUGAGAGCAGAACAGAACGUCCCGGGAGCUGUGUGCAUCUCUCCCAGGACAAUGAGACCUUUCACAAAGCAGACAGGAUGAGAGCAGAACAGAACGUCCCGGGAGCUGUGUGGAUCUCUCCCAGGACAAUGAGACCUUUCACAAAGCAGACAGGAUGAGAGCAGAACAGAACGUCCCGGGAGCUGUGUGCAUCUCUCCCAGGACAAUGAGACCUUUCACAAAGCAGACAGGAUGAGAGCAGAACAGAACGUCCCGGGAGCUGUGUGGAUCUCUCCCAGGACAAUGAGACCUUUCACAAAGCAGACAGGAUGAGAGCAGAACAGAACGUCCCGGGAGCUGUGUGCAUCUCUCCCAGGACAAUGAGACCUUUCACAAAGCAGACAGGAUGAGAGCAGAACAGAACGUCCCGGGAGCUGUGUGGAUCUCUCCCAGGACAAUGAGACCUUUCACAAAGCAGACAGGAUGAGAGCAGAACAGAACGUCCCGGGAGCUGUGUGGAUCUCUCCCAGGACAAUGAGACCUUUCACAAAGCAGACAGGAUGAGAGCAGAACAGAACGUC